AUGUGUGGAGAAAGCAACCGUCCAACCAUGGGAGGCACCAUCGCCGUCCUCUUCCCCCAGGAAAAUCGCACGAAUCCAAGUUCAUCAGAAGGAUCCCGAUCAUCGUCUCCAGAAUCAAUCUCAUCAUUUUCGUCUACAUCAUCAACAGCCUCAAUGUCUUCCUAUUCCCUCUUCUUCCGCGACACAGACCCUUACCAGAAAACCAAAGCAAUCUUCCGAAUGGAUGAUGCAGAUACAUAUCAGGCAAUCCGGGGCUGUGGACGUGUCGAUGUGCGGAUUGAGAAAUACGGCGAUAUCUCCAACACAUCAAUAAACAAUAGCCCACUUCACCAAUUCAGAUUAGAGAUGACACAAGAUGGAAACUCCAGAUCAGCCAGUCAAACUGAGAUGGAGUUUGACCUGCCUCAGCGGUUGGAUCUGGGUGUUUCGGAGAAAGGGGUGAUUGGCAGACAGAUUACGGUCAGAGAGGAAGGUGGUUCAAUCCUGGGAAUCGGUAUUGUGGGAUACAAUUAG